AUGGCAGCACAGACAACUUUAAAUAUACCUGUUAGCAAGAUCAGUCCAAAAUACCUGCAUUCAAAUUCAACCAGCCACACCUGGGCCUUCAGCGCCAUUGCUGAGCUUAUCGACAAUGCAUAUGACCCAGAUGUGGGAGCAAAGAACUUCUGGAUAGAUAGGAAAGUGAUCAAAGAAAAGGUCUGCCUCACUUUUGGUGAUAAUGGAGUUGGCAUGGACUAUGAAAAAAUGUACAAGAUGCUGAGUUUUGGCUUCAGUGAGAAGGAGGAAAUAAAUGGUCAUGUUCCAGUAGGUCGCUAUGGUAAUGGGUUCAAGUCAGGCUCUAUGCGACUGGGGAAGGACGCCAUUGUGUUUUCAAAGACCACAGAGACCAUGUGUGUGGGCCUGCUCUCCCAGACGUACUUAGAGGAGAUAGGAGCUGAGAACAUCAUCGUUCCAAUAGUCACUUUUACAGGCAGUGGGAAGAACCAGAUCCAAGCCUCCCCAAAGCAUGCAGAUUGUCUGAGGGACAUUCUGAAGCACUCUCUGUUCCACAAUGAAGAAGAACUGCGCCAACAAUUCCAGGCAAUCAGUAAACGGAGCCAGACGUAUGAGAAAACGGGAACAUACAUCAUCAUCUGGAACCUCCGCAAAACAUCAGAAAGGCCAACAGAGUUUGACUUUGAUGAAAACCGUUCCGAUAUCAGGAUCCCAGCAGAUGAGUAUGAAAACAAGAAAAAGACCUUCACAAAACCAGACCGUGUCUUGCAGUCCGUCCCUGAAAGUGACUACUCUCUGCGGGAAUACUGCAGCAUUCUGUACCUGAAGCCCAGGAUGCAGAUCAGCAUUCGGGGAAAGCCGGUAGUGACGCAGCUCGUCGCCAAGAGUCUGGCGUUCACCAAAAGGUUGUACUACAGUCCCAGCUGCCUUCCUUCUAAACGUGUUUCAAUCAUUUUUGGGUUCAACACCAAGAGCAAAGAACAUUAUGGUUUCAUGAUGUACAACAACAACCGACUGAUUAUAUCCUACAAGCGUAUUGGCUGCCAACUCACGUCCAAUGAUGAGGGAGUGGGAGUCAUUGGUGUGAUCGAGUGUGAUUUCCUCACACCAACACACAAUAAGCAGGACUUUGAUAACACAGACGAUUACAGAAGAGCCAUUAAAAAUAUGGAGACAAAAUUGAAGCAAUACUGGAAAAACAUAUACGAUGAGAAGAAUUCAGGGGAUCCAAACAACUCUGUACCUGUGGUGGACAUGGUGGAACAUCCAGACCAAAUCUGGAAGCAGUGCAGCCAAUGUUUUAAGCAACGGAGAUUGCCAGAUGACACUGAUCGUGACCAGAUCCCUAACAUAUGGUUCUGCAUCUGGAACCAGUUUAGCUCUUGUGAUGUUCCAGAAGAGCAAGAAGAUUCAGGCGAUGAGAGCCAGACCCACCUGAAACAGCAUCCCAGGAAAAAGAAUGGUCACAAGGUUGUCCAAAAAGGGACAGGGGCAAAAAGAGCCAAACAAAGUGAGUUUGGUGAUGAGAGUACCUCUGAGGCACCUUCAACAUUCACCUCAACGCCAGCACCUCACAACGCUUCAACGCCAAUCAACUCUGAAAAUGACGAUGAUGAUGUGGUUGAGGUGGAGCAAACCCAGUGUGACGACAGCAUGAUGCAUACAAAUCAGGAGCGGAGAAGGGCAAAGAGAGUUCUUACUUUUUCCAAAGAAAAUAAGGAGGUGAAGAGAAGCAAAGGGAGUGAUGGUGGCCACGCUGAUAUCUCUGAAACACCUCCGACGCUCAGGUCAAUGUCACAGCUUCACAUAACAUCAGUGUCCCUCAGCACUGUCAAUUAUGGUGAGGAGGAGCAGAAUGGGUGUGAUGACGGCCUUAACGAUGGACAGAAGGAGCAGAGUGAGAGUGAAGACGGCCUUAGAGUGAGACAGGAGGAGCACAGUGGGUAUGACGACAUUCUGAGGGAGAGGCAGGAGGAGCAGACAAUGUCCUGUGAAGAGCUGGACAAACUCUUCAGUCUGGGGCAGAGCUCACUCCUUAGCAUGAAACAGCAGCAGGAGUUACUGAAGCUACUGAAGAUAACGCGCCAGGAGAAAGACAAUCUCCAGAAAAAAAUAAACACUCUCACACAACAGCUAGAACAGCCUCAGAGUAGAAACAUGAGAGAGACCUGUGACAAAAACACACAGACAGACAGAAGUGAGACAUAUUGA